AUGGCUGCCGGACCACCGCCGGGACUCGGCAUAGCAGCACCACCCGCCACAACAUUACCACCCAACCCCUUUGGAGCAAAUGGCUCGCAAGCAGCCGCCCACAAAUCGCCUCUUGCACACAAUGCAGCUGCUAAAUCAACAAGCGCCUACAAACGCCCGGCUGACUGCCCUCGCGUCUACAGCAGAGGCGCCUUGCUAGCCUACAGCUCCUCUGCCCUGGUCGCAAAGCCGGCCAGCAUGGCUCCUCUCCGCGACUGGUACGGAGAGUGGGAGCCUUAUCACCACAAAUCCACCUACAACUACCGCGACACGCCGCGACGAGCACACGCAGAGGAACAUGCAUCUCAUCAGGCGGACGGCGGCGAAGAAGCCUUCCAACGAGACGGUGGCAUCGUUGGAGGCGCUCUCGGAGGAUUCGGGCCCAGAAGGGAAGGAGCAGGCGCCCGCUUUGGAGGAAGAAGGAACGAAGACCGCGAACGUGGAGAGGGACUGCGAUUGGGCGAGGUCAGCAGCCGUCGAGUUGCUCCUGCUGGCAAGAAUCCGUUCGGACAGAUCUCGGCGAGCGGCACCUUCAAGCCUGCCGGCACCCCAGGCGGUCGUGGUCAACCUCGAGACGGCCAUCCCGAUGGUCUUGGCGAUGGACGUCGCUCUGGCAUGGGCGAACGCUCCGCUUCCUACGGCAAAGACCGGAUGCGAGACAUGCUGCCUGAUGACAGGAGGCGUGAAGCCGGCCGCGACCGCCGACGCGGCGAACGUGGCCUGGAUGCUGAUGAGAGUCGUGAGGAGGGAGAGAUCUCUGAAUCCCCUCGAGUGCGUCGCUCGGGUGGAGCUGACACCGCCUCCGACUGGCGAAGACCUGGGGAUCGAGACCGCGCCGGUCCGUUCUCAAGCAUCGCAUCCGACCGUCUGCGGCCCAGCGAGCGACGCGGUGCUCAGCGAGGCGGCGGUGCUCCCUGGGCUGGCGAUGCCGACGACAACCCGGCUUGGCUAGAAGAUGACUCGGAACCUUUGCCGGUGGACAACCGUGCUCCAUUCGGUCAGUUCGGCAGCCGUCGCAGAGAAGGCGAGGGCGCAGACGACUUGCGUGGCGACGACAUGGCUGGUGCCGUCGACAGCAUUCAGGCGUUCAAGGCGCAGAUGAAGGAACGAGAACGUCGCGAGAGGCAAGCUAGGGGCGAACCCGAGCCCGAACCUGUCGACAACACCGGCGCAUACCAGGGUGCGCACAGCAGCUCUUUCGGCGCAGGCCGCGAUGCAUCCGGAGAAUACGCCUUCGGCGGUGAAGCAGCUUCCAGGGAAGCGGAGCUCGAUGCGAUUCGCCAAGAGAUGAUGGCCGCCGCCAACCAACGCUCUACCUCGGGAGCUUCGCUGUACGACAGCAUCUCUAACAGCCACGGUGAUUCUGGUGCCGAUGGCUCAGGGCCACCCGGCUUGCCUGUCCGAUCCAGCCGUUUCGCACGCUUCUUUGGUGGUGCUCAAGGCGGACCACCUCGCGAUCCACAAGCUGCCGCUCUCGCCGCGCAGCAGAAGAUGCUCGAGUCGAUGAUGGGCAAGGGUGCAGAAGACAAGGACGCUGCCAGCGUGCAGAGCCCUCAGUCGCCUCCGAACGCAUCGUCGUCGUCGAUCAACAUCUCCGAGCUGUUCAGCAAGACUUCCGUCCGCGACAAGGGCGAUGGUGCGCAGAAGGAUGCUUCGGGCAAGAACGUGUCCGAGGCGGAUCAGCAGAGCAUGCAGAAGCUCAUGGCCAUGUUGCAAGGCGGCGGUGGCAGCGGGACGGGCACGCCGACGCAGGGCAAGGGUCCUGAUGCAGAGUCGGCGGACCGACUCAAGGAGCUUCUGCGUAGUCAGGGACGAGGAGGAAACCGCGGCGACGCCGAAGAUGGUGGCAACGAGCGGCCCCGAAGCAUUGUUUCGCCGGGAAUGUCGUCGGCCGAGACGCACAACCAUCACGGUGUGGACGCCCGCUCUCCUCUGCCUUACCAUCAGCAGCAGCAACAGCACCAUCGUGAAUCGAGCACCUCGUUGCCUUCUCAGCAACAGCAGCAACACGAGCAGUAUCCGCAAUACCAACAGCAGCAGCAGCAGCGAUCUGAAUCUCCCUCUGUGGGCGUUGGCGGUGGAGCUUCGUUCAACGAUCCACGUCAGCAACUGGGUGGACUUGGAUCACCGACGAGUCCGGGUGGACCCGGCGGUCUUGCUUCGCCUGGCCCGGCUCCUGGGAUGGCCGGAUUCGGUGGCUUCCCCGGAGGCAUGCCCAGCCGUCCGCCUCCGCCCGGCAUGGAUCCACGUCUCCUCGGCCGACCUCCGAUGGCUGCAGGCUUCCAACAACUUCCCCCCCACAUUGCCGCCAGUCUAGGUCUCGCUCGAGGACCGCUUCCUCCCGGAAUGGCCAACCUGCCUCCGGGCGUUGCGCCGAUGAACAUCCCCGGCGGGCCUGGUGGACCGCGUGGACCUCCUCCGCCGAACGCCGGUUUCCCACCUGGCUUCUUCCCGCCCGGAGGUGCGCGUCCGCCGCCGCCGCCGGGGAUGCCGCCGCAGCUGUAUCAGCAGCUGAUGGGCAUGCCGCCGCACAUCCAGCAGCAGGUGUUGGCGGGUCAGCCGCUGGGGAUGCCCCCGAUGCCGAGGUCGCCCUACGAGAUGCAGGAGGGGGCAAGGAGCCAGCAGUUUGCGCCGUACUAUGCGCAGGGGCCGGGGAGUCCACCCACCGGACACCAGGGGCAGGGUCAGAGUCAGGGUCAGCAGCAGCAGCAGGGCGCAGUGAAUGUCGGCAGUCACGCCAUGAACGGUGCUAACCUGAUGGCCUUGUUGAGCGGCGGGAGAAAUACUCCUACGUCGUGA